AUGUAUUUCGCCAACCUUCUUGCCGCCGGACUGGCGGUUUUCCGGCUGACCCAAGCCUGCAAGACCGACGAAGACUGCAGUCUGAAUGGUAUAUGUCGCCGUAGCCCACCAGCACGCGGUUCCAGUCCUUCCAGAUCCAAAGUCUGCCACUGCGACGCGGGCUGGUUCGGCGAUGACUGCGGCCGUCUCGAUCUCGCCCCAGCGUCCAAAACUAACGGGUACAACCACACAACCGCAACGGACCCAACCCACUUCGGCCCGCAUGGCAACUCCUCCUGGGGCGGGCAGAUUCUACAAGACCCCGACGACCCAAAGCUAUUCCACCUCUUCGCUUCGCAGUUUGCCGACGGCUGCGGUUUAUCAGGUUGGAGACCGAGCUCGUUUAUCAUGAGAGCCGAGUCGAGGAGUGGUCCUCAGGGACCAUAUCACUACGCAGACGCCGUCAGCACGCCGUUCCGACAUAACCCAUAUAUAUUCUGGAGCCCUGCAGACAAAAAGUAUCUUCUCUACGCCACGGGCGUGGACGCGCCACCGGCAGAGCGAUGUCGGAGUAUCAGCUACACGCAGUGGCCGAACAAUAUCUCCGUCUCGAGCGCAGAAAGUAUUCGUGGCCCCUGGACGCCGUGGAAGCUCAUCUUGGCUUCUACCGAGCCGCACUCGACGAAUCCCGCGCCGUGGCCGCUUUGGAGUCCUAGAGAUCGCUCGCACAAGAUUGCGCUUGGGGUUGAGGAUGUGGCCAUUUUCACUGCUGACAGGUGGGAUGGCGAGUACGAGCAGGUGUACACGCCUACAUGGAACACGAGUGAGUGGAGUUCAACCUGGACAGAGGAUCCAUUCCUAUGGCGGGAUAAGCGCGGAAACUGGCACGCACUCGUGCACUGGAUGAUCGAUCUAGUCGAGCAUGACGGGCAGAAGUUCCCGCGGGUCGGGGCGCAUGUAUUUGCGAGGGAGUUAACAGGCCCGUGGCAUUUCAAGCAGCAGGAAGCGUUUAAUUCGACUGUUUACUUUGAAGAUGGGACUGUGCAGACGCUGAAGCGGAGGGAGAGGGCAAAGAUCUUCUUUAGUGACGAUGGCGAGAUGACGCCUCUGUACCUGAUUAAUGGCGUGCAGGAAAUGGAUCAGGGCUCACUUAGUUCAACCUUUAUCCAGCCGAUUGGAAAGAAAUGGAGGGAGUAUGAACGAAGGCUGGGGUUCUAAUUCUUAUAUAGGGAUUGCACAGUGCUGGUUGUUACGAGAUUGGCUGGACUUGGCUACUGUUUUGAAUACUGCAUGCCAUGAUCCCAUGAUCCCAUAAGCAUCACUUGCAGGCCAAGACUGGCUAAGAGAAGGUCGGAAUGGACGGCUCCAAAUUUGAAUCAAGUCGCUGUCUAGUGGCCUAAACAGGGACGCCUUCUCAAUGCCCGGAGCAUAAGUUGUUGUUUUCGUGGGCAGGAUAACCGCUAUAAACUUAGAAUAUAUGGGCAUGUUCAACCAUCAAGGGUGGCGUCUAGUCAAUGGGUUCGCGUUGCGCAGUCCUUGCUCUCUCCAAACAAACCAGCAUUGUAUGUCCGAGUACCGGCCCAGUCACG